UAAAAUUAGAAUUCAUAUCGGCGGUAAAAACAAAAACAGAAAAAUGUGACAUGAGAAUUUGGCUGUCUACUCUGUUUAUAAGUAAUUCUAAUACAUCUGGCACCUUAUGUUUUACUUAUGACAGAUACCUGUAAUGUCAUGAUCCAAUGACAGGAAUAACAGCAUUUGUAGAAGGCUGGGACUUUGUCCAGACACUUGGAGAGGGAGCCUAUGGAGAAGUGAAACUUGCUGUUAAUACAGAUACUCAGGAAGCUGUAGCUGUCAAAAUAAUAAACCUAGAGAAAACAGCCUCAGCAGCAGAAAAUGUCAGGAAAGAGGUUUGUGUCCACAAUAUGUUGAACCAUGAGAGAGUUAUCAAGUAUUAUGGUUCACGUAAAGAUAAAAAGAUCCAGUAUUUAUUUCUUGAAUAUGCCAGUGGUGGAGAGUUGUUCGAUAGAAUCGAGCCAGAUGCAGGUAUGCCACAGAUUGAAGCCAACAAAUUCUUUAAACAGUUGUUAGCAGGAGUUGAGUAUUUGCACACGAAAGGGGUGACCCACAGAGACCUUAAGCCUGAAAAUUUACUUUUGGAUGACUUUGACAAUUUAAAGAUAUCUGACUUUGGUCUAGCCACUGUGUUUCGAUACCAAGGUAGGGAGAGAAUGCUGGAGAAAUGUUGUGGAACAGUUCCAUAUGUUGCACCGGAGGUGCUGUCAAGGCAACCAUAUCAUGCUGAACCAGCUGAUAUUUGGUCAUGUGCCAUUAUACUGGUAGCCAUGUUGGCUGGAGAACUCCCCUGGGAUGAACCAAAUUAUGGCUGUCAAGAAUACUGUAAUUGGAAAGACUGUAAAAUAACCUUGUCUCCUUGGAACAAAGUGGACAAUUUAGCUUUAUCAUUACUUAGAAAGUUGCUGGUAGAAAAUCCUAAGAAAAGAUAUACAAUUCAACAAGUGAAAUCUCAUCAGUGGUUCAAUAAAAACUUCAACAAACAAGCCAAAAGUCCCUUUAGUAGAAUGCCUUCAAGUUCACCAUCAGGAUCUCCUUGUGGUACAGGGCCAUUCAAGAAAGUUUGCUCAAAGAAUGAAUUAUCACCUAAGUCUACUGAUAGUGACUUGUCUCGGAUAUCCUGUUCUCAGCCAGAAUAUAACCAGCAUGGUUAUCAUGGGGAGACAACUCCUACUAAUACAGAUGAUACCAAUCAUAUAUUCAGUUUCUCACAGCCAGUUCAUCCAGAUCAUAUGUUGUUAUCAUCACAGUUCCAGGGUACUCCUGGGUCGUCACAGACCCCAAUGCAAAAACUGGUAAGAAGAAUGACAAGAUUUUUUGUGAAGACUGACAGAGAAGAGACAUAUGAAGAAUUAGAUAAAGUUCUACAGCAGCUCGGUUAUAACUGGAAGAAAAAUUCACCAGGAAUGGUUACAGUUUCUACAAUGGAUAAAAGGAAUGUUAGUUUGGUGUUUAAAGCUUGCCUGAUGGAAAUGGGAGAAAACUUAUUGCUGGACUUCAGAUUGUCAAAGGGAGAUGGAUUAGAAUUCAAAAGACACUUUAUAAAGAUAAAGAAUCAAAUGAAACAGAUAGUCAGUAAAAUCCCCCCAGCCUGGCCUCUUGUUCCAUCACAGAUUGGAUGAAUGAUAUACAUGUGUUAAAUAUCUUUUCUUUGUGGUAGAGAUAGUGUUCUAAAAGGAGACGGAAUGCUGGCAUCACUUGUAUGCAUGUGACUCAUAUUUUGAUAAUUAUAUAUGAUACUAGUUGGAUGAUUUAUAUGUUUUUUGUUAACUGAAUGUAAAAUUGCAUGUGAUAUAAAUGAAGGAGAUUGAAUUCUACUGAUAAAUCAUAACAGGAAGUUAUGAUGUUAUAUUUCAUUAAUAAUGUGUAGAAUAAUAACAAUAGAUACAUUAAAAAUUAGUAAAUGCAUUUAGAAUUUAUUGAAUUUUACCAUUUAUCACUUUUUAAGAUACCAUUUGGUGUCAAGCUCUACGGUUAAUAACAUAUUUUGGAUUUUUGAUCCCAGAUGCAAAAC